UCCUGAACUGACACUGUGUUCCAACGUGAACUCCUUGAUGGAGGAAAAAAAACGGAUACUGGCAACUUUAUACUGGUGAUUAGUGAAGCUGCUUCAGGUCAUCUCUGCAACAGAAACAACUGGAUGGAGCUCAUGUGCGAAAGAGACCGCGGUCUCAGCAUGACCCCCUGCUUAAAUUAAGGUUAAAAAACAACCUAAAAAAAUAAAUGGUGGCUGUGUCGAGUGGAGUGAACUUGAGACAGCUGAGGCAGCAGAGUAUUGUGGAGAUUGCAUAUUGCGACAAUGCCUGAAGUUGAACCACUUAGAUUUCCAUCAAGGGAGGACGGGCCAAGUUUACAAGAUCAGGUAGAUCUUCAAGCAGUGUGCCCCAGCAGACGUCGCAGUUGUGCCCUGGUUAACACACCCUCGCCGUGCGUCAACAAAGCUGUUUGCCAUAUUCAGGAGCUGAAGAGGAAAGUGGAGAACUGGUGUCAACAGUCAGGAAAUGUUCAGCAUCAGAUGUCUCAUGAAAAACAGCAAAAAAGCAAAACAUUUAGAUUGAAUUCCAGUGAAUCUGUGUCUUCAAUGAUACCUACAGAGUUAUACAUCGAAGGCAUUGGACUAAGUGCAAGAGGUGAAAGAGAGGGUGACCUGUUGUCUCCACUGCGUAAGGAAACCACGGACGUCCUGGUAGAAGUAGUGUAUCUGAUUGAACGUCUGGAAGCUGAUCGCCAGGAUGCAGAGGAGGCUCUACAGUCGGAGAAGAAGAGAAGGAGAACUUUAGGGAGGAAAAUGUAUAGUAUUUCACUGUGGAAGCAGCAGGAGUUCCCUGUAGCUGUCCAGAAAGAGCAUGAGGCCUGUACCAGAGACAUCAGUGAAUUGAAAUGGCAUCUGAAAUUGAGAAGAGAUAAACUUCACCAAGUGACAGAUAGAUUGAUCAAGACAGAAGUUCUGAAUCGGCGGUUAAAUGAGGACAUUGAUUUCAUCAAGAAAAAUGGGCCUCUGGUGAAGGAAAAACUGCAGCUGGAGAGCGAUUUCAUGAUCCAAAUUAAUACGGCUCAACAUAAGGCCCUUGAGACAUUUUCAAAGACCUUCAGUGAACUGAAGAGUUUUCAAGAAGAGAUGAGAAAGGAAGAACUGAAAGCAGAUGAGGAUAGAGGAUUGAUGUUCAAUGAACUUAAGGGCAUCAGGAAUCUGCUAAAUGACAGACUAACUGAGUUCCAGCAGCUGAUAGAUUAUUGGGAUGGCUACUGCAUUACAUUGAAGGAGACAGAAGAGAGGGUAGCUUUGAAGGAGGAGGAGUGGGGAGACAUGUCACAACAUAUCCCUGUGCUAGAGGUGCAGGAGACUGCAGUCAAUGAUCUGGUUGUGGAGUUGAACAUAUUUAUUGAGGUUGAAGGUAGAAAAAUUGCACAAUUAAAGGAAGAGAUUUCAGAGCUGCAGAAAGAAGUCCAUGCAACCAGACUUGCAGGUGAAGCGGCGGUCUCUCACUCCGAGGAGGUGUUCUGCAAGAAGCAUCAGGACAUCUUGGCUCUCCAUGAGGAAAACAAAGAGUAUGAACUAGAGACUGAGGACUACAGUAACACAAUAUAUGAGAGUGAGCAGGCGGUGAAGCAGCUUCAGAAGGAGAGGAAGCGCAUGCUACAGAAGAUCAGUGUGAAUGAGGAACAGAGAGAAGAGGCCAAAGAGGAGUUGUCCCAGGUGGCAGCAAUGCAUGCUAACACCAAGGUCAACCUGGAGGAGCUGGAGCAGCAGACCUUCAUGGAGGAGCAGAGGAUGAGGAAAGUGAUUGAGAAUCUGAAGAAAGACAUGAUGAGCGAGAUGAAAACCAUGGCCAUUCUAAAGGAUACAUUAACAACAUUUAAAGCAGAAUUACACCAGGAGCAAACCAACACAGAAAACGCCAGAUGGGAACUUCAUAAGGAAUUUGAAAAGGUGUCAUCAGCUACAAAACAACUGGAAAUUGAAAUGGAAAAACUGAGAAAGGUUUACAAUGAUAAAUCUGAGAAAAUUGAACGUUUAAGGGAGAAACUCUGUGAUAUUCUCACAGAACACAAAAAAACUACAAAUUGUCUGGAAAAGGAAAGGAACCUGAAACUUGACCAUCUAAAUACAGUCAAGGAAUUACACCAAGAUGUUACCAAGAGGUUUGACCACACCUUGAGCAGAAUCACAGUCCUCACUGCUAAGUCCAAAGAGUACAGAACAGAGUCUGACAGGAUGGAGGAAACAGCAGCCACAAUGCCAGAUGUCAUUGAAGAGCUACAGUCCGUCCUUGAUGCCGUAGAGUUCAAAAACCAAACAGCUACGUUGAUCAUGAACACCUUAGAACGUGAUAUCAACAACUGUCAACAACGGAUUGAGCAAGCAGUGCAAACUCACACUACUCUAUUCACAACCAGACAGCAAAAAAUGGAGGAAACCAAGUCCGACCUAAAGGUAGCCCUAAGAGAGAACGUUGAGUUGGCCCACGAGUACAGAGCCCUUCAGAAAGUCCUGAUGAUCGUCAAGCAGGGGGCUGUUGGGGUGUUUGACAAGAGGAAUCGAGCAGAGGCAUCUUUUUAUGAUCACAAACAGAUUUCUUUGUUGCAGAAGAGGAUGCACAAAGCUGUGGUGAAAUACUUCAGACAACGCAGCCUCUAUAGCCAGGCUGAACUGGCCCGCUUCCAGACCCUCUCUAACGAGAACAACCAGAAAAUAAAAACUGUCCAGGAGGAGUUGUCAGAAGCAAUCCGGCGCAUUUCUGCCUUUCUGCACUCUCUGGCAGAUGACUCAACAACCAGUGAGGAUGCUCCGACGAUGGAGACAGCAGCAGGGAACAAACAAGCGGGUCUGGAUGCCAUUGGGUUGAACAAGAAGAAGAUGCCUACAGUUCAGAUAACAGUGUAAUUGGACAUUCACCUGGUGCCAGACAACUUACUUACCCCAGCACGCUUCACUCACUCACUAUCCCCCCCCCCUCUCUCUCUCACCAGCAGCAGAUCCAUAACAAUGAAACAGGUGACUUUCAUGCUGCUGCCAGGACUGAUCUAAUUUUAGCAGGGUGAAUGAUUGCAAUUGGCUUUGCCUCAUCAGAUAAUUAAUCUAUGUCACCAUUAAUUGGAAAAGAGAAUAAUUACAGGCAGUGUUGACAGAAAUUCUAAGCUUCUCCAGAUUUGGAGAUCUAAUCAGGACUACUAAAACCCACCGUGACCUUAACUACCACUUAGUACACUACCUCGACCACCCGGACCAAUGUCCGAGCAAAACACUUCCUCUCAGGAGACAAGCACACUUGUUGUUGUUUCAUUUUUAUCCCUCUCUCAUUUUCUCUCUCCCUCUUCUAGAAAGCUGUCUCCCUCAAUCACUUUUCAAUAUUCAAUCUUAAUUUUGUGGAAGUUUAGCAUUUUCAAUGAGCUGGAGAUGAAUGAUUAAUGAAUAAAUUUAAAUGCUUCAUUUUGUCCAUGGAUCAUUAGUUAAGUCCUUUGUGGGAAGGACCUGAGAAAGGAGUGAACAUUAUUGAGACAUUAGCCUGGAGCAUUCCAGGGGUAAAUAGUGUGCACAUUACAAAAGGAUGUUGUGUAGCGGGGUGCAGUAGCCAACUGGCUUUCUAACGGAAGAACCCCCAGGUAACGCUGCUUUCAAUUUGCCACAGCUCACCUGAAUCACACGUAGUUUUUAUUUGGAAGAGAAAACAAAUGUUUAUUAUUUCAUCAAGCAUUCAUAAAACAUUAAGCAUUGCUUCAUAGGCCCAAUAAUGAUGUGGCACAUUAAUAUUUAUUAAACACACUUCAAAAGUUUUUAUUUUCCUCUUUCAUAAAUAUUAGUGAUACAAGUAUUAUUACCACAACAUUGUUUAUAUUUUGAUUAUUGUGAUGGGACAAUUUCAGACUAUGGCUGAAAUGGAUUAUUAAGCUAUGGAGAUGGCCAUUGGAUUCAUGUAAGAUCUGUUCCCGCCAAGAUGUUCUUGAAGUCACCUCAAGUAGUGACAGUGAUUUCCUAUCAGGUCACUCAGCCAGGUGAUAGAUAUUGUUGGUCCGGGUCUGCAGUCUUCUGGUUGAUAGAGACGUUUGUAUGUUGAUGACACCGAGGCCUAUUCCCUCCCUUCCAGGGCAGAGGGGGGCAGUAUGAAACAACAAGCUCAGAGAGGGAGACAGUAUCUCGGUUUCCAUCCAAUUGGCGAAAGAUUUUCAUGCGAAUUUUCAAAAAUCUGCAUAAAGAAAAUAUGUUAAAAAGUUCAAUCAGUUUCCUUCACAUUUUCAACUCUGUUGCAUUAAAAUAGAUCAUUUGCCUGCUCUGGUCUAAGCACUUGCUCUCUAGUCAACAACUCGCA